AUGUCUGAUCUGAUUCCCUCCGCAACUGCUGACCCAGAGAAUGUCGAAAAAACCCUCCCUUCAAACGCCGAAGACCGCAAAGCCGCCGCCGCUCUCUCCUCCCUCAACACAAAUGAGAUCGCAACAGAGGGUACCUCCGCUGGGGCACCGCUUAGUGCAAACCAAGAGGCUUUGGGAAGGGCCAUGAGUCGGCUCGAGAUAGCUGCUGGGAAAGACGUGGGUAACAAGAAAACGGCCGAGGGACCGAAGACUGAUGGUGUGGUGAAAAAGAAGAUAGUCAAGGUUGCUCCGGCUGAUGUUACACUGCUGGUUGAGCAGCUGGAUUUGAAUAAGAUCAAGGCCACGGAGUUGCUCAAGGCUCAUGAUGGGGAUGCCACCAAGGCAAUGAAGGCAUUCAUUGCCCCGUCUAUUCGGACUUGA